AUGGCGUCGUCAAUCACCUCCGAAUGGCGCGGCACGAGCGACCACAACGUCACUGAGACGGCCUUCGACGCUGUCAAGUGCAAACUCUCCGCAGUGACGCUCGGCUACUUCCAGGAUCCUUUCCUCCGCUUCUUCGUGGAUAAACCCACACGUCGUAUCCCUUUGAUCCAUCGCGGUUACUACCUCCGUCACGUGGCAAUUGCUCGUUGCGUUGAGCUCUUCCUCUCGCAGUAUGCGACGUCGUCCCAAGUCAACAUCGUGUCCUUGGGCGCUGGAUUCGACACGUUGUUCUUCCGUCUACUGGAUCAAAGACAGUUCUCUAGCACGCUUUCAUUUACAGAAGUGGACUGCGACGCCAUCGUGGACGCGAAGACGAAGCUGCUGAACGACGAACAUGUCCGCGCGGGGCUGGCCACGUGCCUUCUGCCUCGAUACCGGACCGCAGCUGACCACGCGCGUUUUUUCCUUGCGCUUGGUCACUGGCAGAACUGCCGUAUCCUCGACAUGAACGGAGUCUUCAAAGCAUGUACAACUGCAGAGGAGAAACGCAGACUGGCGUCACAAGAACCGUUCGACGAGUUUGCCGACUGGAUGCUGUGCAACGCUCAUUACGCCAUUUACUUAGCCGACAACCAAGAUCAGGACUGGACGGCUGGAUUCGAGCCAGCGAUCAUUCGGUCGUUCCAGCACGAAGACUUGGCUGCUGUGCGCUCGCUGUUUGAGAGCACACACCUCGAGUUUGCCAAAGGUUCACGCGCUGUACGUCAGUUCGUAGCGAACCGUCUACGCGGCGACAUGUUGGACGUCCACCACGCCUUUCAAACACCCAAAGGUACAGAGAUCCUGACGAGCGAAUUCUGGGUAGCGGAAGUGGACGGUGAAGUCGUGGGUUGUAUCGGUGUCAAGCCACUGGAUACAGCGUCAACCACCCAAGAGGAUCAACAUAUAGCCGAGCUCUGUCGAUUGAGUGUUGCGUCUACAGUUCGACGUCGCGGUCUGGCGUCAGCUUUGGUUCGAGCUGUCGAGACGUUCACCGCGUCCUGUGGAGCGUUCAACGAGAUCCGUCUCGAAACUAUUGGCGCAAUGGAAGGCGCUCAGCAACUUUACCGCUCACUCGGAUACGUUGAGCAAGUAGAAAGUGAAAAGCAACACAGCUCUUUCAAGCUCGUACGUUUCCAGAAACGUCUCUAGAUAAAAAUACAGAAACGGCAUCAUCA